UUAAAACCAAACUCAGUUCGCUUAUUCAAUGAUUAGCUUACAGUUGAGACGUGAAGACAUUGGUCUCGAAGCUAUAUUAUGAGAAUUCUCUAGUUAGAUUAGCAUUAGCAGGCUAGCAACGCCAUCCUUAAACUUUUAAAACACAGCUUGAAGGAUUAACUGCCUAGUUUCAGCUAGAAUUCCCGAGAAGACCUAGAUCCUAAUACUUUAUCAGCAUUAGCUAGCGCAGGCUGUCAAGUUGUGUUGCACUGGAAGUUAAGUAUAAUCAAUCGACUACCAAGUCAUGCAAAAUCAAUCAAUGCUCUUAACAAGAGAUGAGGUAGCACUUAAUCAUUUGAACAAUGAGUAGUUCUCUAGCUGGUUGGCUAUCUCAAAGGACCCCCUGCUAUUUGUUUCGCGUUUAUAAACCGGGAGAAACGGCAUUCAUAUUAUGUUAUGUCGCUAAUGAUCAGCUAAAGUUGGGAAAGCUCACUGUUUAAGUGGUUUUUAGUAAUCAUGAAUGUGUUCUUUUGAUACUUUUAGCUAAUACUAAUAAUAGAGUUGUUUCGUUUAGCUAACCUUAAGGUUCCUGUUGAAGAUGCAUGUUGAAACGAAUUGCCAACAUUCACUGCUUGACAGUGGUGUUAUCAUGGCAGAGAACUAGACUAGCUCCGACUGCGCUGUAAUUGUGUGUAACUUUAUACUUGGUCUUUGGAUGCACAGUCAUUUAACGUUGUCAUCUAUGGAGCAAACGGGUGCUAACAAGUCUUUACAAUAAAAAGGAGAGAUUUUAUAGACGAAAGUAAAAACAUUAGCAAAAACAUGUAGCUACUUGUAUCAAACACCAUUUGUAAUCUGUUAUUUUUUAGUUUAGUGACCAACUUUAGGCCCAUCUUGUUUUGAGAGACUUACGUAAUAUAAUUAUACAGUUAAGGUUGUGAUGCGGGUUGAGACUGCACUAUCUAGGGUUACCCCAGACCACAAUGGAGGCCCCGGGCUAAACCACUAUUAUGGCAAGGUGUGAUGCGGUAGGGGGGUACACAGCCCGCAUUGACGCACAAAUAUAUAUUUUUUUAAUGGUUACCACGUUAACUUUUUAUUGGAGAACUGUUUCAUUAGCAACUAUGACUUCGCUGUACUUUGAGUCUGAAAACGAAACUCAGUCCACAACGCGGAGUGAAACGAAUGUAUCCAGUAACCUUUUUCUAUAUAAAUUGAUGUCGCCCGAUCCAUAGCGCUGACUCGAUUGGAAAGGCUCCAGUUUGGGGGAAAGGACGAGGGGGACCAACUAUCUAGCCAACGUUGGCUAGCAUGAACCGACAGAAAAAUCUUACUAACCUGCCAACUAAACUUCAAGUUUUUGACUACUUUCCCCCACCGUAAUACGAAUAAAAACCUACAAUUCUGCUCUUAUAUUCGGACAUUCACUCCGACUGUCUUGGGAACGUGAAUGUUCCAGUAUCUCGCUAGCUUGCUUGCAUUGUCAUUUUAUUCGGCUAGUAGUUAGCUAGGUUACGAACCAUUUGCUAGCUUUAACCACAUAAUGAACGUUUAGCUCGUUAUAUGAUCAUCGAAUGGUUUGUUUGAGUAAGUUACAGUAGCCAGUGAAGUUGGCCGCCUGUGCUCUCUGGAAAAUUAGAGACGUUGUUCGACCCUGAAGCUAAUCGAGUUAGCUACAUUAGCAGGCUAGCUUGCUAGAAUAGAUGAAAUGCGGUGCUAGUAUCGUCACAGGCAUGGUGUGUGGCCAGAUGGAUCAUUUUUGCUGGGACGCUGUGAGUAAGUUAAAGAUUUACCAAAAGGACGACUAACGUAAUAAUAUUGUGUAGUGAGAUUUGGAAAUUAAUAGAUUAGGCUAACUGCUCACUUUUUCGAAUUCUAGCUAGGUACUAAGUUAUCCCAUAGAUUUUAAUCACCGCUGGCUAGCUAUGGAUACAACAUGCACGAUCCGGAUAGCUUUAUGGACGCCCAUUGUACUACAUAAGAAGUCCGCUUGUUAAUUGGAUAACCGCCGUAAAGUCGCGCAGUCACUUGUCAUCUUACAAAAUCGUAGAGCCAGCUAGCUAUAAAGUGUAACGUUACCUGGUCAGAGCAGCGGUAAAACGCGUUGGAAACGUCAACUACCUAACUGCGUUGGCUUAAGUUAUAAUAGACAGCGUUGGAUAGCGAUAGUACUCAUCACGUCCAUGAAAAGCAAGUCACUAUGGAUCUUAAUUUUUACUCUGAUCUGUCGGACGGUGCUGGACAGCACGGUGACUCGGAGUUUUUGGAUUCGCAAUCUUACAAUGGAUACGACUCGGUCAACAAGUUCCCUGGAGGCAACGAUAACUUCCUAACCAUCCCAGGGGCCGGCCACCCUUUCCUUUCUUCCUCCGAGACAUUCCACACGCCCAGCCUGGGUGAUGAGGAGUUUGAGAUCCCCCCCAUCUCGCUGGACCCUGACUCCGCCCUCACGGUGUCGGACGUGGUGUCGCACUUCGGGGAGCUGUCGGACGGGGGCGGCGUGGAGGACGCCUCCGUCACCUCCGCCGUUGUCGGGGGGAAUGACCCCUCCUUUGCCUCCACCUUCGUCAACCCCCCCUCCCAGGGCCUGGAGCACCUGAGCCUCGGGGUGAUGAGCCAACCAGGGGGCGGGGCUUUGCUCAGCUCCACCCUCGGCAUGGACCUCGGCCACUCCAUUGGCUCCCAUUUCAGUAGCUCCUCCCCCAUGACCAUAGACGUCCCGCUGAGUGACAUGGGCCACGGGCUCCUGGGUCACAAUCAGCUGACCACCAUCGACCAAUCGGAGCUGAGCAGCCAGCUUGGGCUGAGUUUGGGUGGGGGGACCAUUAUGCCCCGCCCGAGAUCCCCCGAACAGCCUCUGUCAGCCACGCCCUCCCCCUCUGGCUCCCUCCAGGACGAGGAUUUGGACGAUUUCAAACAGAGUGUACUGGUAGACUCUCCAGCCUCGAUGUCCAUCUCCCUGAGCCCCUCCGUCUCCAGCUCAGCCCCGCCCUCCUCCUCUGCCGCCGCCCCGCCCGCCGCGAUGGUGGGCGGAGCCGGGGUCCGGAGGGGUGGGGGUAAGCCGGCCAUGGCGAGCGUGGCGGGGGCCGGGGGCGGGGCCGGGAAGAAGGGGCGGAAGAAGAAGGACCCCAACGAGCCGCAGAAGCCGGUCUCGGCCUACGCCCUCUUCUUCCGCGACACGCAGGCCGCCAUCAAGGGCCAGAACCCCAGCGCCACCUUCGGGGAGGUGUCCAAGAUCGUGGCGUCCAUGUGGGACAGCCUGGGGGAGGAGCAGAAACAGGUGUACAAGAGGAAGACCGAGGCAGCAAAGAAAGAGUACCUGAAAGCGCUGGCGGCUUACCGAGCCAAUCAGCUCUCUCAGAUGAACACUGAGGUGAUGGACGUCUCUGCCUCCCCUCCCCCUUCAGCUGCUGCCCCCGCCCCCACCCUCGCCCCUGCCCCCGCCCCCCCGCCCCCCGCCCCCACUCCCCCGCGCGCCACCCGGAUCCCCCACCACGCCCCUGACCAGAACACCAUCACCAACAUCUGCACCUCCAACAUCAUCCUGGACCUCCCGCAGGUCACCACCCGCUCCCGCACGGGCGCCCACAAAGCCCCCGCCCCUAACCCCGCCCCCAGCCCCGCCCCCAACCCCCCCACCGUCACCAAGAUCAUCAUCUCCAAGCAUAUGCUGGCAGGGCCGGCUGCUUCGGGCCAACAGAUUCCCACCUCCCUGGUGACGGUGAUUCCGGCCCCAAGCCCCGCCCCUGGCCCCGCCCGCCAGCCCCCGCCCCUGCAGCAGAUGCAGAACACCCCCUUGCCGCCCCGCCUCCAGCAGAUGGUGCACUCCCCGGCCCCGCCCCCGCUACAGGCCAAACCGCGUGGGGGCGGAGCCGGGGCGGGCGUGGCCGUGUCUGCCGCGUCCACCCCGCCCCCUCCCCUGCAGAUAAAGAUCGUCCCCGCCCCCGUGAAGGCGGAGCUGGCGGCACCCUUCAUCGUCACGACGACGGCGGUGUCGGCAGGCUCCUCUUCCUCCGCCGUGUCCGCCCAGGCUUGUUCCUCCCCCGCUGUGCCUCUGCAAGUGGUGCAGUCCGCUGCCACUGCCGUGGCGACCGGCUCCUCCCCUUCUGCUGCUGAGGAGAUGGCGGAAGAGUUCACUUCGGGAGAGAUGGAGGUGGAGGUGAAUGUAGCUCCAGGCCCCGAGGACUCGGCCCCCCCCGGCCCCCCCGCCCGCUGUAUCCGGGCCGGCUGCACCAACGCGCCUGUGGAGAGCAAGGACUGGGACAGAGAGUACUGCAGCAACGAGUGUGUGGCCACACACUGCAGGGAUAUCUUCAUGGCCUGGUGUUCCAUCCGAGGCCAAAACUUCACCACUGUCAAAUGAGGGGGGUGGGGGUGGGGGUGUGGCGGGGGGAAUGGGAGAGGGAUGAGAGAAGAUGGGGACAGGUGGAGAGACAGGUGUGGAUGGACAUAGUGUGCAGUUGAGCUCUUCGUCCUGUCUCCGUCAGAGAGAGAGAACUCCUAGAAUCUAAGGGCAAGAGAACAGUUUUAUUUUGUUUUUGUUCGUUUAGUUUUUUUUUUUUUUUUUUUUAAUUGCUCCCGUGAUGGAGAAUGGCCUCGCUGAAGCGAGAAGUGGAAGUCAAUGAAGCAUCACACCCGGAUCCUGGACCCACAGGACACCAUAAAAUGUGGGAGAGAUCCCAGCAGGUUUGGAGCAGUGCAUUCUGGGAUUGUGGAGUUGUGAUGUCUGUGGCUCUAGGUGCUGUUGCUGGGGCAGCUGUUGCAUUCUGCCGCAGCGCUGUUGGGGUGAAGUGGAGGGGGUGCCAAUUAGCCUGCCCCGCCUCCCUUUUGCCCAUGCUGGACGUGUCCUCAUUCUCCGUGUCACAACCUCCAAAGAAAAGGCUGUUCACACACGGAUCUGCCCUUGAAGACCAUCUUUACUUCGGGAGGAAUAACAGAAAGGGUCCAGCUUCAAGGGGUUUUGCUUGGAGGUCAAUUCCAAAACGGGGCUUCGCCCAGAAGAACAUACUUAUAAGCUGAAGCUACGAUUAGAUGUAAACAAAAAAAAAAAAAUGUAAAAGAUAAUCAUAGGCUGAAGUGAUCAUUUUUUUCAGAGAACAGUACCGGGUGCUCUUCUGUGCUGUAAAUAGGAAAGCUGAAGUGGGAAACGUUUUCAAGCGGCCCACACCGCACACAGCAAGACAAGCCACCUCCUGUACAGAGUUUGGGGCCAUACAUUUCAAAAAGUGUUGGAACGUGUACGAGAUAUAUGGUUCUUUUCUUUUUUUUUUUUUUUGUAUAUUUUCUUAAAGAAAACAACUUUUUACAUUUUUUUUCUUCUUCCUGAAGAGUAGUGGAGAGUAACUAAAAAUAAUGUGCAUAAUCAUCAUGUGAAGUUGAACAUCAUGAAAAGACGGGCCACGUUGUUCAGCCGUGUCUGUCAACUUUCUGUUUCCUGAGGACAUUAUUUUGUCUUUAUAAUUGUGAAAGACAGUCAAUCCAGUAUUCAUAUUAAUCAAUGACUACAGUAAUAAUAAUAAAAAAAAGAUUAAAAGUUUCUUUUCUCCCCC